AAUGCUGAUUGCCUGGGCAGCCAAUAGGCGGCUGGGCGGAGUCGCGCCCCUCCGACGACCGGCUGGGAGGACGCCGCCCGCAGCUCGGCUCCGCGCGCGGCCAUGGAGCGUCCCGUGAGCGUGAAAACUUGGGUGAGGGAGAACCGCGGCUCCUUCCUGCCCCCGGUCUGCAACAAGCUCCUGCACCAGGAGCAGCUCAAAGUCAUGUUUGUCGGGGGUCCCAACAUCAGGAAAGACUACCACAUUGAAGAGGGUGAAGAGGUGUUUUACCAGCUGGAGGGUGACAUGGUUCUCCAAGUCCUGGAGCGAGGGAAACACCGGGAUGUGACCAUUCGCCAGGGAGAAAUAUUCCUCCUGCCUGCUGGGGUCCCCCAUUCUCCACAGAGGUUUGCCAACACCAUAGGAGUGGUGAUUGAACGGAGGCGGCUGAACACUGAGCUGGAUGGGCUCAGGUACUACAUAGGGGACACUGAGGACGUCCUGUUUGAGAAGUGGUUCUACUGUGAGGACCUCGGCACACAGUUGGCCCCCAUCAUCCAGGAGUUCUUCAGCUCUGAGCAGCACAGAACAGGAAAGCCCAUUCCUGACCAGCUGCUCAAAGAACCGCCUUUCCCCCUGAGCACACGAUCCAUCAUGGAGCCCAUGUCCCUGGAGGCCUGGCUGGAUGGCCACCGCAAGGAGCUUCAGGCGGGCACACCCCUCAGCCUGUUCGGAGACACCUAUGAGACCCAGGUGAUCGUCCAUGGACAAGGCAACAGCAAAGGCCCAAGACAGGAUGUGGAUGUGUGGCUGUGGCAGCUGGCAAGUGGGGCUGAUGGGAAGGGUGGGGACCAGGGGGACCUUCUGCCCAUGGGAACCAGGUUGCUCCUGAGCCUUGGACUCACAGCCCAGACCAGCUCCAGGGCCUUCUUGCCAAGGCAGAGGCAGGGACACUCGGACAGGUGCUGAGCCCUGCAGCCCACAUUCUAUUCCCCUGCUCCUCUUUCCCAGGAGGGCUCCUCUGUAGUGACAGUGGGGGGACAGCAGCUGAGCCUGACCCCUGAUGACAGCCUCCGGGUACCAGCUGGGACUGCGUAUACCUGGGAGCGAGGGCAAGGCUCUGUGGCCCUGGCUGUGACCCAGGACCCCACCCGCAAGCAGCCUCUGGGGUGAUCCUCUGGCUCUGGGCCCAACGCAGCCACAGAGUGUGCCCAAGGGUCACCUUUGCCAAAUAACUCUCCUAGCCCCCACUGCCUCUGCAUGUACUGCAGCCAAGCAAGUCAGCAUCCUCCGAGCCGGUCCUGGACCUGGCAUCCGUCCUACUCCUGUCCUGUCCUCCUGGAAUCCUGGGAUCCCCUCCUCCUCUAACACCCUCUGCCCCGAACCCUGGGCAGGUCUGCAGGUGGUUGGCUCCCCACAGUUCAGCGCGGCACUUGCCUGCCCCCAAAAGGCCCUCAAUAAAGGCUUCCUGGUGGAUAAAUGCCUGUGGGUCUGCACACACAUAAGC